CAGGGCUCCAUGGUGCACAGCAAGGGGGAAGAGGAGGAGGAAGGAGGCCCUGGGGUGCUGCCCUCCACUGGGGCCCAUGCGAUGGGAGGUCUCCUGGCUGCAUGCAGGGUGUGCUGGGGCUCCCACCUCCCCAGCACCCUCAUGGGGCAGCAUCCCAGCAUGUCCCUCAGCACUCUUGGGUGCAGUGAGCAGCACCUGAAGGCAUUCCCACACCAAUGCCUGUGGCUUCCCCUCCUAAUGCUUUAAUCUGCCCCUGAUCCGCGGUGCCCCUGGGGCUGGUCCUGCUGACCUUGCAGGCACUGGCCUGGGCUGGGACCAGCGGCAUCGUGGGGCACAGGCGGCCGCAGCCACCACUCAUGGCCUCCUUCUUCACGGCUGCCUUGAAGAACUUCAAGGGGGGGGAGGAGGAGCCACCCAAGGGGCCCCCCAAGGAUGCCAAGGAGGCCACGCUGCCCAGCGGCAUGAACCGCGAGGAGUUUGAGGAGUACCAGCGACAGCUGCUGGAGGAGAAGAUUGAGCGGGACAAGGCCUUUGCACAGAGGAAGGCGGGGAGGGCCGCUGUCCGGAUGCACCUGCGGGACAAGUACCGCCUGGCCCAGGAUGAGCGGGACGAUGCUCAGCUGCACGUGGCCGGCGGCGCGGUGGAGCUGCCGCAGGAGUUGGCCCCCAUGGUGCACGGUGAGGAGGAGGAGGACGAGGAGGAGGGCGGCAGCACCGGGGCCUUCGCCUACCUGAGCAAGCUGCGGGACGUGGAUCUGCUGGCGCUGCGGGACCGGGCACUGGGCAGCGUGGGUGAGGUGAAGGAGAAGUGUGCCCUGAUGUGAUGGUGCUGCCCACCCCAGCAGUGCUGGGCCGACGGGAUGUGCAGGCUGUGGGUGCUAUUACCUGGGCUGAGCAUCCCAGUACCUGCACUGGAGCGGGGUUUCCUCCCCACACCCAUUCCUUAUUGCUUUUCUGGGUUGCUGGGCUGCAGAAUGUCUGGGUUCCCACCAGCCCCUCCCUGUGGUGGCCCUGG